CUGGUUACCUCAAGUCCGCAAACGUCCCCUGCUGCAAAGCACCCGACCAAACCUUUCUUCGUCCCUUCAACGACCGAGUACUUUUUGUUGUCAACAUGCCUUUUGGAUUGGGAAACACUUCUUCCUCUUCAGGACUCUCUGGUGGAGGUGUCAAUAAUGAAAAACUCGAAGCUGCUGUUGUCGACUCUUGCGCGUCUAAAUGCCUCAACCAACGAUAUUCGGAAGCGGACCUCACAAAGGGUGAAGCUGUUUGCAUCGACAGAUGCGUAGGCAAAUUCAUCGAGGCCAACAAGAUUAUUGGCGAGAAACUGAGAGAGUCUGGCGGCGAGGACAGUGAGCAUGAAACGCACCUUGACGAAACCGAUGGCAGCGCUCUUUUCACGGAAGCACUGACGGCAGAGGUCAAGUCCGUACUUGCGAAUCAGACCAGCUUGGUGGGCGCAGUGGCGGCUA